AAUUUACGAACUAGGAAGUUAUCUAGUUGGCAAAAUUAAAUCGUUCUCUCCACUUGUUUAAGACCAAUUAUUGGAUACAAUUACUAACAUAACGUUGUGUAGGACUCCAUGCGUGCUGUAUUUUAAACAGUUCGAAAAUUUAGAAGAACUUGCAUAGUUUUUAAAAGUUUCGGAUAAAUAAAAUCAAAAUAAAUAUUAAUAUAAUCAAUUAAAAUAGAGCGUUAACUCCAGAGACUGUAUAAAAAUGGUUAACUCCCGCGUCAAACACAAGAGUUCCCGGAACCUUGUGUAGAUGAACCGUACUACUCUGAAGAGACUCUUUCUGUGUUACACUCGGGUGUCCCACCGAGGAUGAAAUUACUUACGCAUAACAUGUUGACAUCGCACGUAAAAGGGGUUAUUAAAGGCUACCCUCUCCUCAUCAAGGCGACGGAGGUGAAAGUGAUCGAAGUCGAGUUCAAGCCACAGUUCGUCAGCCGAAUGAUUCCCAAACUGGAGUGGACAGCAUUCGUACAAGCGGCCGACACGCUGGGUCACCUGAAUGAUCUGCCCAACGAAGUUGUACCUGACUAUGAGAAGAACGAGGAGUUUUUGCGCAAAGUCCACCAUGCACUGCUGGAGGUAGAGGUGUUGGAGGGUUGCCUUCAGUGCCCAGAGUCAGGGAGAGAGUUUCCCAUCACCCGGGGGGUCCCCAACAUGCUACUGAAUGAGGAUGAAACAUAGAGACAGAUUUCGGUUGCUUUAAUUUUUCUAAUGCACAUACCUGUACAUACCCAAAUAUUGGAAUCAGAUUAAUACAGUUUGUUAGAUGCUUACUCCUUUGUUAGCUGUUUAUUCAAUAUUCAGGAAUAACUCAAUUAGCACACUUCUUAUUUCUUCACGAUUACAAAUGGUGAAUCAAUUUUAAAAGAGAUGGAAUCCUUGGCAUGCCUUUCUGUUUACUAGAAAACUGCCUGUGUUUCCAGACUUUUGUGCCACCAUUACCUUGAUUAAGUUUACCUUCGCUCCCCAAAUUCAUACUGGUUUAAAGACUGCUGGGUAUGCUGUAGCCCUCUAUGACUUGCUUUACAUCAUCCUACACCACUCCAAUCCACUGAUUUCUGUAUUGUGUCAGAACUGUAGUGAUACAGGGAAAUUUGUUUGCAAUAAUGCUCAUUCUAGGAAUAUUUUCAAAUGCAGUAACCCUGGCUAAGUGACAUAAAAAAUAGUCAUGUCUCAAAUAAAUCAUUGUAUAUUUUAAGAUUGAUGUGCCAUAUACACAAUAAACAACAGCUGUUCUUCCACAUUGAUAUAAUACAAUAUAAACCAAUGUUUGAGAACAUACACGAUUAGAGAGUGGCUGAAACAGAUAAUAUUGUGUUUAGUCCUUUGGAGGAAGGAAAUAUUCCGUAUUUCAUUUUGUAAGGGCCUUUGGUAAUCCUGUGUGGCCGAAUCUCUGUUUUAUGGAGUAGCAAACCAAGAUUGCACAGAAAUGUUUGUCAUUUAUUCUUAAAUUGAUGUAUAUUCUCACCAUUUUUAUCCCAAAAUGGUGGAUAAUUGACUAUAGCAGUACAGAGAGAAACAGUUUAAUUAAUGGGGGUUGUCCCUGUCUGAUUAUGAAAGAGAGGGAAGGGACACCUACAGUCUGCCUGUGCCAACUGCACAUGAAUUGUAUGCCUGCAACACAGUCACAGCACAGCAUGGUUCACACUGUGAUAAUUCCCUCGCUUUCAAGCCCAACUGCAGUUGGGCUGACUGUCACUGCUAAUUAUCCUCUAGUGCGAAAGGAAAUUGGGUGUUCCAAAUUGGAAGAUACUGUUUUGUGUUUUAAAUUCCAAAAUUGAAUGAAAAGUACAACUGAAACAAA